ACGUGUCUCGUGGGAGAGACAUGUGGUAAAAUUGUCAAACAAAAAAAAAAAAACAAAAUACUCGUGCAAUGUUGUUAUCAUAAAGUUUUAUUUAUUUAUAACCAUAAAUAGUUUGCAUUUAUUAGGAUUAAAAUAUGGAAGGAAUCAGUUUCGAUUCCUUAUAUCUGUCUGACGAUUCGUUUGUGAUUGAGUGCAACGAUGACUUUGGUGGGAUCUGUGAGGACAUCGUGUGCCUUGCGAGUGCCGCGCAUUCAGUGGAUAACCUAGACCCCCUUAAAUUGGCAGAUGGCAGUGAAAGUCCACCGAGUAGUAGUUACUAUUCUUCCGUGAGGUGCUUUGAUAAAGAGAUACCCUCGCUUUUCUCUGAUAUGGAAUACUUGACGGAAGUUUCACCGGAAACGGAAAUGGCCAUUGUACCGAAUGAACCCGCACCGAUUUUUGUAGAUCCAAUAGAGUUUUCGUGGAAACGAACAGAUAUAGCAUCAGGAAAAAGCAAUGGUUUGACUAACGAUUCGGAACAAUAUUUUUCAUCAUUCGAAGAAGACUCCAAGGACGAAUUGAACUUGAAAAACCGAUAUCUUGCCUCGACAAACUAUAGGAAAAUUCUGCAAAAUUAUAUACAGAAAGGAAAACGUAAACUUGAGGAGAGUGCCUACUCCAAAAUGAAAGCCACUGUGAUGAGUGUGAAAGGCGGUGCCAAUUCUACCUCCCUCAUCGAAACCGUUACUUGUGCUUCCUUCAGCAAUCCGUCAAAAUAUGCUGCCGUUAAAGAACCUGCCUCGUUUGACCGGCUUCGACUGGACUCAAUCCUCCUGCCAAAUUACCGAUGUCACGAUUGUAAUUCCUGCUUUCUCUCCGUUGAACGGCUAAAGAAGCACACUUGCAUUAUAGCAGAACAGUACCAAUGUCAGCUGUGUCGCCGAGAGUUUCGUAAACGGAAAACACUCGAGCAGCACAUCAAGUCCCACAACAAGGUAUUUUCAACCGAUGCGGAUCUACGCCAAUGGUAGAACCUGUCGCGUACUUUGGUAUUCGUAGUUCAGUGUUUACGUGUUUAUAGAUAACUGGUUUUCCAUCAUAUCUUAAUGUAAAUUGUAAAUUUGAGGCUGAACUUGUCUUCGACUUAACC